UUAUAUAUAGCGUAAUAAAUUAUAUAUAAAAAAAAAUCUGUGAAAAAAAAAUUAUAACAUAAAUAGGAUAGAAAAUUAUAAAUGCAGAGGCAGACAAAAGUAAAGAUUAAAUUUGAGACAAAUAAAAACAAAUAAAAAGAGAAUCUGAUGUGUUGUGAAAGUGUCUUGGCGGAUUUGGAGGGAGUUUCGAUUUUUAUGUCUUUUUUUUCCUCUUCCGAUUCCGAUGAUUCACAUCACAACAUUACGCUCCUCCAUUUUCGUGUCUGUCACCAACUAAAACCCUAGUCAUGUCUAUUCCCUAAAAUCUCUCCACACACAUACAUUUAUACAUACAUAUAUAUAUAUAUAUAUAUCUAUCUCUGGAUUAAUUUAUAUAGCUGUAAAAGAAAACCUGUCAGAUCUGCACAUUUCACCUUCUUUCUUCCCUAUCAUUCAUCACAUCUCUUCAUUACCAUUUACCCCCUUUCAGUCAAACUCUCUCUCUCUCUCUCUCUCUCUCUCUCUCUCUAUCUAUCUCUAUCUAUAUAUACAUAUACAUAUAUAUCACCUCUUCAUUACCCCUUUCAAGUUUCAAUCAAACCCUGUCUCUAUAUAUACACUCUUCUCUCUCUAUAUAUUUGUGUAUAUACAAGUGUAUUUAUGAUCAGAUAAGUGGAAAUGCGGUGCUAUAAAUAAGGUUUCUUUUUUAUCUCUGUUAGUGUUCUUUCAAUCUCAAUCAAAAUACUAACUACAGUAAUGUCAGAAAUGCGCGGUGGUGGUGGUGGUGGCAGAGGCGGUUUUGAUCCGAGCAAUCUCCACUUGAGGAAGGAGCUGACUCAAAUCCGAAAGGCUGCUCGCGUGCUUCGAGAUCCCGGGACCACUUCCUCGUGGCGGUCGCCGCUCAACUCCGCCAGAUCGGCGGCGGCAGUGAAUGUAGCUUCUUCUUCCACCAAUCACUAUCUUCACCAGUACAAGAAUGGGAAUAACGUCCCAAUUGGUGGUGACGAUGGUGUAGAGAACGGUAAUGGUAAUAAGGUUUCUGAUUCGCAUGCUCAGUUUCCUUUCCGAGUCGAAAGCAAUGGGAAAGAGAAGAAGGUGUUUCUGUACAACUGGAGGAGUCAGAGAUCAUCGAGCGAAAAGAGUGAUCAGAGAGUGAGACGAGACAGUGGUGGAAAUCAACAACAAAGGGGUGGUGAUGAUGAUGAUGAUGGUGAUGGGUCUUCUUCGGUUCCGGAGGAGAGUGUUGAGGACAGCUUGAGCGAUGCCCGAAAUGGCGGUGAUUCGAGGAGUGAUACCUGCAUUUCUGACCGGUACGCUUCGUUGAUCUUUAGAUGCAAAGACACAAACCUCACACCAUCAAUUAGGCGAACAAAUUUUAAGAAAAAAUCUAAGAAAAAUACUUAUUCUUCAAGUAUGUCUAGACAACAAUUGCAACAGAUUGUGCGCGGUAGGAAUUCGAAGCGAGCACUAGAGGGUUUACCUUCAAUUGCUUUGGGGUUGGGUAGGGAUGAUUCAAUUAGCUUGGUUGAUCAAUCUGAAGAUACAGAGGAAUACUGUAAUUCAGAUGAUUUUAGACGGAUUUCAGCUGCAUCCCCAUUUCUUUCGAGGCUUAAAAACAAGAACUGGUCUAACUCAUCACUAAAAUUGUUGAGAAAUGGUCGAAAAGAGGAUUCUUCUUAUUCGUACAGCACCCCAGCAUUGUCCACCAGUUCUUACAACAGAUAUGGUAAUCGAAAUCCGAGCACUAUUGGGUCUUGGGAUGGUACAACAGUGUCUUUCAAUGAUGGGGACGAUGAGGUGGAUGAUCAGAUAGACUUGCCGGGUCGCCAGGGAUGUGGGAUUCCUUGUUAUUGGUCGAAGAGGUCUACUCCUAAGCACAGAGGGGUUUGUGGGGGUUGUUAUUCGCCCUCGCUUUCUGAUACUCUGAGGAGGAAAGGAAGCAGCAUUUUGUGUGGAAGCCAAACUAUGUAUCAUAGACGUCGAGGAUCCUCAGGUUCAAACAAGAGGAGACUUGCUUCUAGGGCUGCUCAAGGUCUUGUACCAUUGCUUACUAAUAGUGGUGAUGGCCGACAAGGGUCAUCUGUAGGAACCGGUCAUAGUGAUGAUGAACUUUCAACAAACUUUGGGGAGCUCGAUUUGGAGGGACUGAGUCGACUGGAUGGAAGGAGGUGGUCAUCAAGCUGUAGAAGUCAAGAAGGGUUAGAACUAGUAGCUCUAAAUGGGGAAGGAGAAGAGGCAAGUACCCCAGAUAAUAUUAGGAGUUUGAGCCAGAAAUACAGGCCAAUGUUCUUUGAGGAAUUGAUAGGGCAGAAUAUUGUAGUCCAGUCACUAAUGAAUGCAAUUUCAAGGGGAAGGAUUGCUCCUGUUUAUCUUUUUCAAGGUCCCCGUGGGACUGGAAAAACAUCAACAGCAAGGAUUUUUGCUGCUGCCUUGAAUUGUCUUGCAACUCAAGAAACUAGGCCAUGUGGGGUCUGCAGGGAAUGCACCGAUUUUAUUUCUGGUGAAACCAGGGAUCUGAGAGAAGUUGAUGGCACCAAUAAGAAGGGAAUUGAUCAAGUCCGAUACCUUUUAAAAGGCUUGUCAAUGGGGCCACCAUCAGCCCUCUCACGGUACAAGGUUUUUGCUAUUGAUGAGUGUCAUUUGUUGCCCUCUAAGACGUGGUUGGCAUUCCUUAAGUUUCUUGAGAAACCACUUCCACAUGUUGUAUUCAUAUUCAUAACAACUGAUCUUGACAAUGUGCCUCGUACGAUAUUGUCCCGGUGCCAAAAGUACCUCUUUAGCAAAAUCAAAGAAGGCGACAUUGUGACCAGGUUGAGGAAAAUUUCUGCUGAUGAGAAUUUAGAUGUCGAAUCAGAUGCAUUGGAUUUGAUUGCUUUGAAUGCAGAUGGUUCACUUCGGGAUGCAGAAACUAUGCUCGAUCAGUUGAGUUUGCUAGGAAAAAAAAUUACUACUUCUCUGGUGAAUGAGCUUGUGGGGGUGGUUUCGGAUGAGAAACUAUUGGAACUUUUGGAGUUAGCCAUGUCAUCAGACACAGCAGAAACUGUUAAAAGAGCAAGGGAGUUGAUGGACUCUGGGGUUGAACCAAUGGUUUUGAUGUCCCAAAUGGCUACCCUUAUUAUGGAUAUUAUUGCUGGAACUAACCACAUUGGUGAUACUAAAUACAGUAGUUCAUCCUUUGGCGCACAAUGUUUGAGUGAAGCUGAAUUGGAGAGAUUAAAGCAUGCUUUAAAGCUUCUUUCAGAGGCUGAGAAACAACUUAGGGUUUCAAGUGAACGUUCAACAUGGUUCACAGCAACCCUUUUACAGCUUGGUUCUGUCCCUUCAUCAGACCCUACUCAUUCAGGCAGCAGCAGGAGGCAGAGUUCCAAGACAAAUGAGGAGGAUCCUUCAAGUGCUUCUAGAGAAGCUACUACGCAGAGGCAUGAUGCUCGGUAUAAACCCCGAAAAUCAACUUCUCCAACAUCCUUGCUUAAUGUAGCUAACCUGAAUUCAACCAGUAAAGACGAUUCAUUUUUAAUAACCGACACCAUCAGUUUCAAUUCCAAGCCCACUCACAGCCGAUUUGUUAAUGAUGAUGCAUUGGCUGUUACUCAUGAUGAUCUUGCGGCUGGGAGUGUGAUAUCAAAAUGCAUAAACUCAAAUAGAUUGGAUGAUAUCUGGAUCCGAUGCAUUGAAAGGUGCCACUCAAAGAGGCUGAGGGAGCUGCUUCAUACUCAUGGAAAGCUUGCCUCAAUCUCUGAGGUUGAAGGUGUUCUUGUUGCUCAUAUUGCAUUUGGGGAUAGAGAUAUUAGAACCAGGGCUGAAAGGUUUCUAAGCAGCAUCACAAAUUCAUUUGAAAUUGUUUUGCAAUGCAAUGUAGAGGUUAGAAUUGUACUCUUACUUGAUGGUCAGACUUCUAUAAACAGCGCAAAUAAGCCGGUGGAAGCAACCGAGAUGAUUAAUAGGGAGAGAAAAACAACUUUCACAAAUGCAAUGAAUGGUUAUUCUGAUACCGACAUGCAUCAGGAGCCACUAAAAAUAUCAAGAGGAAGCUUUAAUGAUUCUGAAGGCAAACUGGCUGGUACCUUUGAUCAUACCGCUGGAUCACCAGUCCCAUCGGUAGCAGAGAAUGCUAAAAUUAAUAGCACAAAAGAAAGGAAACCAGGGAUUCCGAUGCAAAGGAUAGAAUCCAUUAUCCGUGAGCAGAGGUUAGAAACUGCAUGGCUGCAGGCUGUGGAGAAGGGCACUCCUGGAUCAUUAAGUCGUUUGAAACCUGAGAAGAAUCAAGUCCUGCCUCAAGAAGGCAUGUAUCAUCAUAAUCAAACAGAAUCAGGAAAUUCCAUGGAUUUGUCCUCUCAACAUUGGGAAGACGAGUUAAACCAUGAAAUCAAAGCUCUGAAUAUUAAUGAUGGAAAGGCCCUCCAGAAGGAACAGAAUGGUAAAAGGAUUGAUCAUUAUCCCAUGUCACCAAGCUUGUUGCAUAAUAGCAGUUUUGCAGGAAAUUUCAACAAAGAGAGCACGGGAUAUGAAUCGGGGUCAGGAGCUGGAGGUUGUAGCGGCCUUUUCUGUUGGAAUAAUGCCAAACCUCCUAGAAGGGGAAAGGUAGGUCGCCCCCCCCCCCUUACGUGUGAAAAUGAAUAUAUUUUCAAUUUUGUAUGUGAUCUUUAUACAUGUAAACAGGUAAAACAAGGAACUCCUGUUGUUUCACACAGAGAUGCGCGAUUUUCAUGGUUUGGGGAGUGCGGAAAGCCAAAGAAGACUGAGAAUAGAUUCAGAAGAUAGUUGAGAAGAUAUACAAGUUUGAGGUUAAAGAGAUGCUCUUUCUUUUGCUGGUAUAUUUUCUGUAUUUAUAUUUCCAUAGAGCCAUUUUUUCCAUGGAUAUGAGGGGACGAAGAAAAUAUAAAGUUUAUGCAGCUGGGAUUCAGCAUUUCGCAA